AUGGAGCUAGAUGUGGUAUGGAUGAAGCAAAUAAAUGACCCAACCUGGGGCACACUUUUAAGUUCACCAGAAUGCUUUAGAGAGGAAUUUGACCAAGAGGAAAAGGCACGGUUUGGGGAACUCUGCAGCGGAGAGAACGCGAAGGGCCGGGAGUGGUUUGCAAGAUACGUGAGUGCCCAGCGCUGCAACUCCAAGUGUGUCUCGGAGCAGACCUUCUACCGGCUGGUGCAGUCCUUCGCCGUGGUGCUCUUUGAGUGUUAUCAAAUGGAUGACUUCAGUCCUGCGAAGAAUCUCAUGACGAUGUGCUUCACUUACUACUAUAUUGGCAAGCUGCAAGCCCUGCCCUCCGAGGCCAAAGAGAAGGCCACCGGCAGCAUCGACUCAUACCUGAAGUCCGCCAACAGCUGGCUGGCUGAGAAGAAGGACAUUGCGGAACGGCUCCUAAAAAACACCAAGUCUGAGAACAUGAAAGGCUUCUUCGGAAGCUUCGAAUCCAAGAUGAAAUCUCCCACGGCCAAGAAAAACGAGGAUGGAGAAGAGAAGCCGAAAGAGAGAAUCCAGAAAUCAGUUUCUCUGUACACUCCUGAGGAGGAGGAAGAAAAGACGGGCGAUAAGAUCUACCUGUACAUGCACCUGAAGCAGCAGCCCAUCUGGCACACGCUGAGGUUUUGGAACGCAGCUUUCUUUGAUGCAGUCCACUGCGAGAGGCGGAAACGCUCUCCUACCACCAGAGGGAAUGCUGGAGAGGAGGAGGAAACAAGGGAGAAAUGGUGCCACAUGACUCAGGAAGAGCGAGAUGACAGCUUGCGAUUUAAUGAGAAUAUCACCUUUGGACAGCUGGGCACCUUCACCCACAACAUGCUGGCCUUUGGGUUGAACAAGAAGCUUUGUAAUGACUUCUUGAAGAAGCAGGCGGUCAUUGGAAACCUGGAUGAAGAGCAGUACAAGCUGUUGAGCGACCACAUCGAGCAAAUGGCCACCGAGUAGCAACCCAGCUGGCCGGCUGCAACCGGGAAUUGAGUGCGGAAGCCAGCAAGGGUUGAGAGGGUGGAAACCCAUCUGAGACUGCUGGGAAGCGAAGAUGGGCUUUUAACAAAAAAAACCAACAAAAAAAUAACCAACUUACUGCAAUAAACCUGCAUGAUCGUCAUUCAACUGUAUAGAGCUGCUCCGGGCAGCCCGUAGAUGUUAGGAGCUCAGCCGCCCAAGACUCCCGCCCGGUUCUACUGCCGCCUGCUAUCCUUACAGCCUUUUCACGUCGAACUACCUGAAUAGUAUUCUGGGGGAAUCUUCCGUCCGGGAGGCAGACAAAGCGGUCACUGCGGGAAACUCUGCAGAGGUGGGAGGCUGGGCUUUUGAGGUGGGCCACCUCCCCGGCGUUGUUGCCAAACUUUUCUCCCUGGCUUGUGCUGCUCCACGUUCAAUAGCAAACAACUGGUUCAGCUUGAAAAUGUGCGCGAGGGACGGGAAGAGCGUAGCUAGUUCCUUGCUGCUGUAUUCCAUACCGGAGAAAGCCAGGGCUUCUGAAGGCUCAGGGGAGCUGAUGCAAUUAGAGGAAGGGGAUUGCUGCGUGCUCUGGGUUUAGAGACCCUUUGGUGAAUCCAAAUGUGGCCGCUUGCAACUGUUUUCAUAUCUUUCCUGCAGAGUGUGUUUGUUUGCAGGAGUAUUAUAAGGACAUUUUUCCCAGGGACCUUUCCCCUGUCUGGUCCCUUGCUGUGAAAAAGUUGCAGAAAAGCCCCGACAAGCUGUCGAGAGGGUCCGGAACUCUUUCCCUCCCCCCCAAAUAAUCAGGUGGAUCCGUUCUAGACGUCAGCAAGGGGAGGGUCUAAUUUUGGAGCACCCAACUCCAUAUCUUUGGCAGUGUUUAUUCAGAGCCGUAUUACGUUUCUCCCUGUAAGUGUGAAUCUUCUGGUGCCUUUGCUGUGAUGUUUUUUGAGUGGUGAACCUGCAAAGAAUAGCCGUGUUUCAAGCCUAGAUUCAGCAGAAGCUGAGGUGAGGCGUUUCAGUGGUUCCCUUGAUUUCCUUCUCCUUAAGUAGACUGGUCUGUGGCCAUCUUCGUAGGAAUUCAACCGCUGCUCACAGGGGCCGUUUUUAAUCUUAAGCUGUGGUCUUUCUCAGUGACGGGAGCAUUUGAGCAUCGUUUCUUGGACCAUCUUGUUGGGACCCACUUUGCCAAGGCAACGUAGAGGGUGUAGUUCAUUAUGCCCUCCAGAUUCAUCCUCAAUCGUGGUUUGUGGGCAACCCAGUCUUCUUUCACUGUACUUCCAAAAAAAGGUUGUGUGAACUUACUCUUGGAUGCCAUUUCAAAGUAUACUGGGGCGUGUGUGAAUCCAGAGUUAUUCAGUGACUACCUGUACAAUGGAAAUAUGUAGCUACCUAUUGUAUACUGCUUGACUCCUUGGAGGGAGUGGUAAUGAGCAAAGGGCUGUGUCUCUGUGUGUGUGCACGUGUGUGUGCGCGUGUGCGUGUGUGUCUCAGGAACUCUGGAGACCCUGAGAUUUCCCUUCUGGUUCUUUUGUCACACACCUGUAACUUCCCUUGUGUUCAGUAGAGGGUACCCAAGAGCAGGUUUAGGAAUUCUUUUCCACUUCAUUGGGCAUGAAAAAUUCAGCCUGUGGUUGGUUUAAGCUAUGAAAAGGUGCUUGUUAUGUUUUCCCAACCGACGGCCAAUGGAUGGACAUUGCGGGGAAACUGCCAUCUCAUUUGAAGCUGGCUUUUGUGUGCCAUGGAAACGAUUAUCUGUGAUUAUCUAAGAGAUCUGAUGGGGCCAGAGGAAUCACAGCUAAAUUGUGCACGUAUCCACCAGGCUAAACUGCAGAUUCCCAGCUCUUGUUAUGACAGAUUCAGGAACAAACAUGCUUUUGUUAAAGGUACACAAGCACCUUUUCCAGAAAGUUUGACAGGCAACCCUUCACCAUCUCUGGGAUCUCCAGGGAUCCUGCCAGAAUCUUUUCGCUGGUGCAGAGCAGGGCGAGAUUAGUAGCCCUCCUUUCAAGUUGCAUAGCAAAAUGGGUGCACAGACACAUUGGGCAAAAUACUGUGAGUUUGUGGCUUAGGAGGAGCGGAAUCCCCAUCUCUACCUGGCAUGGAUUGUCCAUUGGACUCUGGACGCUGAGUGCACCGUCGGUCCCGUUGGGAGAAAACUUUCUCUCUCUCCGCCCUGUUGAAGGCUCCAGGGCUAUAUUUAAAACUCUAUGCAUAUUGUCAUGUGGUGAUACCUUAUUUCCUCCGGGACCUUGAGCUUUUCCCUCCCUGCUUCCAUUAUUCAAUUUGGAGGGGGAACACACUGAGCCACGUGUGAACGGGGACCGUGGUCUCCACUCGGAGCUGGGUCACUGAUUGUGAAUGAAUGUUGUCUGCGUGAAAACGGACAUAUUUAUUGCAUCUCCAGGAGGUGGAUUUGAGAUGCUGUUUUUGGGGUCUAUUUUGGGGAUGCUAUUUUGAAAGUGGAUGUAUUUAUUGCGUCUCCAGGAAGUUGGUUUGAGAUGCUAUUUUUUGUGGGGGGGUUGGGGGUAUUGCAUUUCUUGCAGGGCACAAGAAAGGGGGCAAGUCCACGUCGUUUCUUGGUCAUGAUUGUAAGGUGGGCAUCUCAGCUGCGUAUCCAUUUGCUCCUUUUCCCUGCUGAAUUUUUAUUAAUGUGUCAUCUCGUGUACGUUUCCCCUUUCCCUCCCCCCUGCUGUUUAUCUUCUUAGCAGUAUCUAGCGGUGAAAAAUCUCCAUCGUUUCUUGAAAGUCUUGAAUCUUUCUAAUGCAAUUACAAACCAAGUGUUUCAGUGUUAAACAUCCGUUCGUGGCUUUCACUGGAGUCCGAAAUGCUCUGUUUGGUUUUUUAAGAAUAUAUAUAUUAUAUAUGGCAAUAGAUAUAUCUCUCUUCAUCCAAGUUCUGUUGUUUGAUACUGUGCGUUGCCACGUUGUGGUGCAUCGGGUGUGGUUGUUCAGCGACUGAUGUGUUGUGUUGAGACUGUGUGAUUGUACCCUUUUGUGGAAUAUUGCUGUUUGAAAAUGUGCUUUGAGGGCACGCGGAGCUUUUGGUUAUGAAAGGAGCUGGGAAAUGAAGAUGUGAAAUAAAAACCUUUUUAAAAACCUCA